AUGACCAAGUUCAGGCCUUGUAUUGACCUGCACUCAGGGCAGGUCAAACAGAUUGUGGGCGGUACUCUCAGCCAGGUGGCCACCGAUCUGAAGACCAACUACGUAUCAAAAUUGCCGGCCGGCCACUAUGCGGAAUUGUAUCGGAAGCACGAUCUGCGCGGCGGGCACGUUGUGAAACUUGGACCUGGGAAUGAAGAGGCCGCACUGGAGGCAGUGAAGGCAUGGCCGGGUGGCCUGCAAGUUGCUGGUGGCAUCACCGAUCAGAAUGCGCAAUAUUGGAUCGACCAGGGCGCAGACAAGGUGAUCAUCACUUCAUUUCUCUUCCCUGGGGGCAAGUUCUCGCUACAGCGACUCGAAUCAGUCCUCUCUGCCUUGGGCGGUGACAAAUCAAAGCUGGUAUUGGAUCUGAGCUGUCGCAGGAAAGACGAUACUUGGUUCGUUGCGAUGGACCGCUGGCAGACCAUUACAGAGAUGGAGAUUAACCAGGAAUCUAUCUCAAUGCUGGAGCCAUACUGCGCUGAGUUCCUAAUCCACGCUGCAGACGUAGAGGGCCUGCAGCAAGGCGUCGACGAGGAACUUGUGUCGAGACUUGCUCAAUGGUGCACUAUUCCCGUGACCUAUGCGGGAGGUGCACGUCAUUUACAAGACCUAGAAAAGGUGCACACGAGUAGCAAGGGAAAGGUGGAUUUGACCAUCGGCAGUGCGCUAGAUAUCUUCGGCGGCUCGGGAGUGACGUUUGAUGAGUGCAUUGAAUGGAACAAGGCACACUAG